UAGGAGAGCAGGAGAGAGAGUGCCUGCUUGAUCCCAGGACUCUGUUUACUUUCUCCUCUUUGCUAAAGACAGCCGGUUAACUGCAACCACUGAGCACGCAGGCCCACCAGGGGAAAUGCUCCUUCCAAGACCUUAACUUUUAGAAACGUUUGCUCCCAUCGUUAGUGUGGACGAUGCUCUUGCAGGAUGCCUUUCCUUUUGGGUCUUAGACAGGAUAAGGAAACCUGUGUGGGUACCAACAAUCAAAGCUACAUCUGUGAUACAGGACACUGCUGCGGACAGUCUCAGUGCUGCAACUACUAUUAUGAGCUCUGGUAUCUCAGGAGCCAUGCCAUGGGAUGGUCUCACCAGACUCUACCUGUUACAUUUGUACUUUUGGGAAGAUUUCUUCUUCUCAAGGUUCCCAAGGCUUUUCUCUGUGGGUUCUCCAGACCUGCCAAUGGAGGGUUCUGGCUGGUGUGGACUAUCAUCAUCAUCCUGAGCUGCUGCUGUGUCUGCCACCACCGCCGAGCCAAGCACCGGCUUCAGGCUCAGCAGCGGCAACAUGAAAUCAACCUGAUUGCCUACCGGGAAGCCCACAAUUACUCAGCGCUGCCAUUUUAUUUCAGGUUUUUGCCAAACUAUUUACUACCUCCUUAUGAGGAAGUGGUGAACAGACCUCCAACUCCUCCCCCACCAUACAGUGCCUUUCAGCUCCAACAGCAGCAGCAGCAGCAGCAGCAGCAGCUGCCUGCCCAGUGUGGCCCUGCAGGCGGCAGCACCCCUGGCACCCAUCCCACCAGGGACUCCCAGGGGGCCCAGAGCAGCCCCUUGUCUGGGCCCAGCAGAAGCAGCACAAGACCCCCCAGCAUCGCUGACCCUGAGCCCUCCGAUGUGCCUGCUGACCUGGCAGCCACCAAAGCCCGUGGAAUGGAGCGCAGUGGCUCUGUGGCCGGCCUGGGGGAGCUGGAGCCCGGGGCCUUCCUGAACAAGGAUUCUGAAUGUAAGGAGGAGCUGCUGAGAGAUGACAGCUCCGAGCUGGGCAGUGUCCUCCCUGACAGCAAAGACAAGACACCUGGCAGACAUCGCCGCUUCACAGGAGACUCGGGCAUUGAGGUGUGUGUGUGCAACCGGGGCCACCACGACAGUGACCUUAAAGAGUUCAGUGCGCUCAUCGAUGAUGCUCUGGAUGGACCCCUGGAUUUCUGUGACAGCUGCCACAUGCGGACCCCUGGCGAUGAGGAGGAAGGGCUCUGUCAGCCCUCACAGGAGCAAGACCGAGAGCCUGGCCACCCCCACUUACCACGGCCACCCGCGUGCCUGCUGCUGAACACCAUAAAUGAGCAGGACUCCCCAAACUCCCAGAGCAGCAGCUCCCCCAGCUAGAGCAGGCCUUGCCUAUAUCCAAGAACUUGGCAAAGCAUCCAGGGUAGGAGAGAACCACGAGAGAAGCAUUAAAUGACUUUCAGAGAAAGUGGUAUAGCCACUUUGAUCUUUUUUGUUUGUUUUUUUUUUGUUGUUAUUCCUCCUCUCCUGCAUCUCUAGGUAGAUUUUCAUGGGUGGUUGCCUUUCCACACACAGAAGCAGUGUAAUGGAGAGCUGAGAAGUUGGUUCUGUGACUCAUUCCUCAUAAUCCCAUGCCAUCCCCUUCCCUCUCGUGUUAUUUCUCGCUCCCCUCUUGGGGCAGCGAGGUGUGUGAUUUAGGAGUCCUCAAGGAAGGGACUGAGAUGUGUUCUGAGAUGACUCUUGGUGAUGUAGUAGACUCAUGCUUUGGUGUUAGUUUCAGAGAACCUUGGUGUGUCUCAGUCCAGGUGAAGAAGGAAGCCCGCUGGGGCCCAGGGAUUGGCACCCCUUGAUGCCAUGUGUACAGUGCAUUGACUGGGCUAAUCCUGUGGAGGCUGAGAACCAGUGGGCAGUGGUGUGUAGGUGGGCAGCGGGCUUACUGCUCUAUGUCCAGUGACAAGAUUGAUGCACCACUGUGCUUUUUGAGCUGCCCCUUCCAGCAGGUUCUGGUUGACUGCAGACCAUUGAGUUGUGGAAGAUUAUACUUCCUUUUAUGUUUUUCUUUUUUAAACAAAGUGAGCUGAAAACAAGAACUUUGCCAGUGGGCAUGCAAGAAUUCUGUGCUGGAAAAGGGAAGUCUGUGGCCCUUUCCCAGGUUGGCCUUCAAGAUCUGGCUGCACUUGCUCCAGAAUGAGAGGUUUUAUGUGCAGGCUGUCACUGGAAGUUCUGUGGGUGCGUAGGAGGCCCUCUGCCACGGCGCUGGGUAGAGUUGCAGCUUUCUUCAUCUCUGCCCCUUGGUCUGUGCCCACAGUCUACCAGUCCCUCCCCCACCCAAGGACACUGUCUGCUGGCUUUUGUGUCUCCGUGUUCUAAAGGAACAAACAGGAGGCCAUGGGUCCUGAGAAAGUACAGCCCUGGAGCCUGCUCUCACACAGUAUUUUCUUGGAGUCUGAAUAAGUCAUUUUGUUUUGUUUAAACUGACCACUUGGAAAAGUUGCCUGGGUUAUCUGUGGUUUUCAUGCCCUUUUUCUGCAUCCCUUUGCUUUGAGUGGGGCCUCUAAUUUUCAUAGCCCAUGUAAAGAGUCUGAGUGGCUCAGGUAGGAGAGUGAAGGCUGCCAUCCAGAAGGACCUUGCAAUCCUUAGGUCUGUAGUUCGACUUUAAGAACGAGUUGAGCUUUGAUAGGAAUUAUCUCAAUGGAGGAAACCAACAGUGAAAUUAACAUUCCCUAUCCAGCCCUAUUCAGUGAAGUUUGGUUCUUCCUCCAUUUUUAUCGAUGAUAUUCAGACUAGGCAUUGAUGUUAUGAUAAUAGAAAAACCAAACCAAAUAUAUAUAUAUAUACACACAUAUAUAGAACACACACACACAUAGAUACAUAUAGGUGCUAUCUAUGUGUGUAUGUAUACACACACACACACACACAAAUAGACAAGCUUUGAGGGGAAGGGAAUGAGUGCCUGUUUGGAAUCCAUAAAACCAAAAUCCAUGUCGAACAAAGUGAAGUCCAUAUACAAUGACUUAUGGGCAGCCUGCGCGUGUGUGUCCAUUGUGUGUGAGCCCCUGCCCUGUUUUCCUGUGAAUAUACUUUGAAUGGCAGUUAUUCUGCUCUGCCUACCACUUGUUGGAGCAAAUAUGGCCCUCUCAAGGUAAUUUAUUUUACACAUUUACUGUUUACUGAACAAAUGUCUGACUGUGUGCUGAGGUGUAUUCAGCAGUAGCGUGGACGGCCGUCCCGUUUUUGUCAGAUACUGUGCUCCAAGUAGAGGUUUUACUCUACCCAUCACUGCAAUUUGCACAUUGCUCCGUGGACUCUCGGAGGCCUGUGUUCUGUUCUCUGUAAAUGGAAACGUGCUCUGAACCUGUCUGCCUCCCUCAGCUGUUUCCAGCCUGGGUUUCAUUCCCCGGGGGUGUCUGUAACCUCUCGGUCAGAAUGUGAAGAUGGAAUUCAGACAGAAGAUUGGAUCUUCAGUGAUAAGUUUGAGCUGUGGCUCAGGUGUUGGCCCUGUCCAGAAUCUCCAGACAGCUUUGGGAAACAACAGAGCCACAGGGCCUAACUCCCUCCCACCGAUUGUAAGCAGACUGGUAUGUGGGGAGACUGGGCGGGAGUGAGCCAGCGGCCCCUCGGAUGCCUUUCCUUCCACCUAUGAAAUAAAUAUCCCAACAGCUCACUGAAGUGUCUGUCUCAAAGGAGAUCAAGAUUUACCAACAGGAAUCCUUCUUCAGUUAACUGGCAAAUGGAUGAACUCUGGCCCUCUCAUCUGCCCCUCCCCAUUCAAAUGGGAACAGGUCUAUGUUAACCAUUGACUUCCCUCUAGCAUCCCACCUAAAGGCUGAGCGAGGAGAAUGUGGCUAGUGGAGCUGGACUGGAUUCCGAGGUCACUGUCAGGCCCCUUCCAAAUGGGGCUCCCCUGUGCAGAGAAGAUGGAAACAGGAAGCAAAGAACUAAUUAGGGAUUGGGGAGAUGUGACUGAAUCUGGUGUUUUAGGUGAAUGCGAAGGAAGGGGUUGGUAGAGGAUGCGGUGCUACCGUGGGAAGAUUUAUUUGCAAGUGGUAACACAUUCCUGUGAGGCAUAUCAUUUGUCAGUUAUUGUGAAUAUGUGUAUUUUAAGCAAUAAGAUUCAGCUGGUCAGAUUUUCUGGGCAGUCUUGGUGACGCAUUUCCUGUGCUGUGAUUGUUCUGAAGACAAGUGGCUCUAACCACUGUGAGAAGCCUAAAUAAAAUAAAUCCCCAACAUCCUACUGCUGCAGUUUGUUCUCUUUUCCUCUCCUUGGACGCUGGGGAGUCGUGCCUCGAGAUUCAGAACCGCAAGUACUUUCCUUUCUCCACACAGAGCCUGAGAGACAUCCCAGGGCAGCUGA